GGCAGAGGAACAGGAGGAAGGGGGCUGCCGGCUGCCCGCAUUCCUAGCUGCAGCUUCCUUCCGAGCACCAAGUGCUUUGUUUUCGGGCAGGGCAGCAGCCAUGGCCCCGGUCAGCCUGUUAGAGCUGCUGGAUGACGCCAUCGGGACACCCGAGGUCAAUGUCAAUUUAGAGGCGCUCCGCAGACUGCUGCGGAUCAUGCUGGGCCACCUGAGCCGGCUGGGCCUGCAGGACGUGGUGCCGCAGGAGGAGGAAGGCGGGAGCGGCACCCAGGCUGGGCCACGGGGCUCAGGGCAGCCGCCCGGGAAGGUCCAGCUGCCGGGGACCAGGGGCGGCCCUCCUGUGGCUGCCCACAGGGGACGGAUGGAAAAGACUGAAGAGAGUGAAGACAAAGAGAGUGGCAUCUCCAAGGCCACGGCUCUCUCCCAGGAGAUGGCUGAGACUAAGGCCAUGCAGUCCAGCAUGGGAGAGGAAAUUCAGAGAAUCAAGAAGGCACUUGGCCAGACCACGGAUCUCUGCAAGGAUCUCCAUAAAGAGAUCAGUGAGAUGAAGGCCACACAGUCCCGCAUGGGAGAAGAUAUCCGGAUGAUCCAGGAAGCACUUAGCCAGGGGAACCUCCAGGAUGCUGCCAGCCAGCCACUGGUCCUCCACGACCAGCCCACCCCUGGGAUGCAGACAGGGACCCCCAGUGCACAGAGUGGCACCACUGGUUCCAAAAAAGGCCAUGGAGCUAUGGAGACAGCUAUGGAGAGCAUCAUCAGAGACCUGUCUGAGCUCCAGGGCCAGAUGUCCUCCCUGCAGAGCCUGACCAGAGACCUGCAGGGUGAGAAGGAGAAGAUCAGACAACUGGAGGAUGCCCUUGGAAAGCUGGAUAUGGCUGUAGCCAAGAGCGAAGUGGAUGGCACCAACCAGAUCCCCCUACAGCUGGAGUCUGCACUGCAGGAGAUUAAGGAGGAGCAGAAGGAGCUGAGAGAGGAGCAGAAGAUUACCAAGACCACACUGAAGCAGCUGGUCACAGCUGACCAGCUUCAGGAGAAGCUGAACGAGCUGAGGGCAGUGAUGGAGAGUACGGGGCAGCAGCAGAGAGAGUCAGAGCCAUCUGACCACAGCUCGAAUAACAAGCUUUUGAGGAAGCUCCUACACCGCUGUGAAAGGCUCCAGGAGCAGGUGGACUCUCUGGUGCCCCAACAGGUGCUGAAGUCAUUACCAGAGAAGACGCAGGAUGAGGAGUUGCUAAAGAGCAUCCAGGCCACCAUUGUGCGGGUGGAAGGGGACUGUGAGCAGCUCAGCUACGUCACGGGGAGCCUCCGAGAUGACCAUCACCAGCAUCAGAAAGAUAUUGAGGCUCUGUUCCGGUCCCUGGAGGGUCUUGAGAAGAAAGCAGACAAGGAGGACCUGCUGCUGCUGAAAGUGGACAAAGCUGCCCUGGGCAGCAAAGUUAGUUGUGUCCAUUUUGAUGCGAGCAUGGAGCGUCUGGAGGAGAGGAUACAGGACUUGCUGAGACGGGUGUUGGGCCAGGAGCAGCGCUGGCAAGAGGCCCAGCAGUGGUUCAGUGAUGCCCUGGACUCCAAGCUCGAUCGCCUAGAGCUUGGGCCUUUCCAGAAGCAACUGGAGGAUACCUGGGCAAGGAUCAUCAAGAAUCUCAAGGAUGAGUUGUCAGUAAAGAUUGAUGACGCUGCUGGAAUUAAGCAGCAGCUGGUGGUCCCUUAUAAGUGCCUGUCCUGCGACCGGCAUCUCAACAUGCAGGUGCCUGGCCCGCACAUUGACACACUGCCACUCUUGCCAUCGCUGGCCAGCGGCUACACUGCACACCCCUCUACCAUCAUCAUGGAGGAGCAAGCACAACAGCACAGUCAAAGGAAGCUGGUCAAUAGCAAGUUCCUCAAGUCACAGAGCAACAGGGGACAGGACACGUUCAGUGCACAGCUCAAGGAUGUCCUACACCUCUCCAAAAAGCCCGGCGUGACUGAGCUGCUGGGCACAGAUGACCGCAUGGAUCGGGGCAAGGACCACAGGCCUGAGGUGGCAAAGGGGGCACAGGAUAAGCUGGGCCACACCACCUUACUAAAGCACCAGCCAGCCUCAGGCCUCAAUCACUGAUCCUGGGUACUGCAGCAUUUGCUGCAAAUCCAGUCCCCUGCAGCCAGGCAGCUGGCUGGGACUGGAUGCUCAGAGCUUUGCAUGAAGAAAAGACUGGGACAGCUGCCCAAAGGGAUUUCUUUUCAGCUUAA